GCAAGAGCUUGGUGAUAUUGAAUUGCCGAGCAUCGAGCGAGGCACAACACGGCCAUUCCGCGGUCAACAGCAGGCUUCCUCGACAACAGGCUGCUCUUUUACGGCUCGCCUGCUUCCUGGCAUGUGAUUACUUCUCUCGCGUUGAUUUGCUCGCCCUUAUCGCGCUCUCGUCGCGGCUCGGAGACACGCGACAGCGACAUACUCGGCCAAGUCGGCGACGAGCGCAGCCGAACCCUCCUAUUUUGGGAUCCAUAGACAGAACGCAACCACCAUGAAGCAGCCAUCAAGCUGGCGGUCCAGCUUCGAGGCGGCCACCCUCGCGUCGCUGCUGCUGCUCCUCGGACCCUCCCCACCAAUACCAGUAGCAGCAGCGGCGGCGGCGGUAACAGCAACAGCAACAACAGCACCAGCAGGAACGGCGGCGGCAACGGCGCUCGCCUGCGACAGGCUCGAGGUGGACGGGCACGCCUACAACCUGCAGCCGCUGGCGGGCCCGCACUCGGUCGUCACGCACGAGUACACGCGGCCGACGUACCACAACACGACCUACACGAUCGACCUGUGCGGGCCGCUGCGGCGCAAGGGCGACGUGCCGGCCGAGGAGAGGUGUCCUGACGGGACGCGAGUCUGCGCGAUAAAGCAUCGCUGGGACCCCAAGGAGGGCAAGGUGGUGGGCACAGACCAGGUGAUACCUAUCGUGCGCGGCAGCGGCGACGACAACAAGGCGGUUGCGUGGGAGGCGAAGCGGUUGCCGGCGGACGAGUCGACACAGAAGGACGCCAAGCGGGAAGGGCUCCGGCUGACGCUGCAGGGCGGCACGUACCAGCAGCGGGCGCAGCGGACGGUCGUUGAGUUUCGGUGUAACCCGGACCUGGCGGGCACGGAGGGCGAGUGGGAGAGCGUGGACGAGUACGUCACGGCGAAGGAGGGGGAUGGCAAGGCAAACAGCCGGCGCGAGGAGAAGGGCGACAGCGGCAAGGGGGACAGCAGUAAGAAGGACGAGGAGGAUGACAGCACGCCGGAGCAGCAGCUCAAGAAGGACGGGGCGGCGCUCGUGUGGGAGGGAUACAAGCGCGAGAAGGACGGGAGCGGCGCGGACAUGGACACGCUGUACCUGACGUGGUACACAAAACAGGCAUGCGAUGCCGCCGUGGACCAGCCGCCGCCGCCGCCGCCGCAACAGAGCAAGCACUGGGGGUUCUUUACCUGGCUGGUCAUCCUGGUCUUCCUCGCCAUCGCAUCGUACCUCAUCUUCGGCUCGUGGCUCAACUACAACCGGUACGGCGCGCGCGGCUGGGACCUGCUGCCGCACGGCGACACGCUGCGCGACAUCCCCUACCUGAUGAAGGACCUGAUCCGCAGGGUGCUCAACACGCUGCAGAGCACCGGCAGCCGCGGCGGCUACUCGGCCGUGUAGCCCGGGGGCCGACGUCGCCGUCCCCGGCCGCAGAGAUGCCGCGGGCUGAUAGGGCGGUGCUGCCGGCAGCGCGCCGCUGUUGUCGCACUCUGGUGGGCGAUAUUGAAGAGGUGGUGUUGGGCGCUUUCGCAGCCUGCUGCU